CCUCUAGUACUACUACCCAGAAAUCAUUUCGACAUUAGUCAAAAAAAAUAAUAAUAAGAAGAAGAAGAUAAAAAUAAAAAUAAAAGGCUUUGGCCUAUGACAGGAUUUGGCUCUUCAUGUGGCGCAUGCAAGUUCCUAAGGAGAAAAUGCACCACUCAAUGUGUCUUUGCUCCUUAUUUCUGCUAUGAUGAGGCUGCAAACCAUUUUGCAGCAGUCCACAAGGUGUUUGGUGCUAGCAAUGUCUCCAAGCUUCUUCUACACCUACCGAUUCAUUACCGAAGCGAAGCUGCUACAACUAUAUCCUAUGAAGCACUUGCUAGGAUGACAGAUCCUAUAUAUGGUUGUGUUGCUCAUAUCUUUGCACUUCAACAGCAGGUUGCCUACUUACAGGAGGAGAUUGAAAUUCUCGGUAACCAAAUGGCUAAUUUCACUCCUUUUAAUGGUGUUACUGAUAGCUGUGGAAGUUCUGCUGCAAAUCAUAAUGAUAACCCAAUAUAUGCAGGAUCUCACCUCUUACAUCAUGAUUAUGCGAUUAACACACAGUAUCAUCAGAACCAACAGGCACUUGUUCAUUCCCAUGCAGAAAACAAUGAAGUUGCUAAUUAUGAUCAUCAAGCUCUUGAUCAUGCUCAGAUGGAUAUACAAGUUCCUCUAUGUGGAUUAAUGGAAGAACAGGACAUGCUUUGUGGUGGUCAUUCUGGUACUCCGGAUAAUUUAGAGAAACUUUUCGAGCUCGAGACAGAACCAGGCAAUUUGGGAAAUUAUCCAUGGUCGUUAGACGACAACACCUCUUUGUUGUAAAACUGUAACUCGUAUGGAAUGCUGAAUUGAAUUGGAUUGUACUACUAUUUUGAAUUUCAUCCCAAAAAAAAAAAAAAAAAUUUAAAAUUUUCUAAUUUAAUUCAGUACAAUCCAGCGUCCCAAACGGACCUAAGUCCAAGCUCGGAUUAAUGAUUAAUUUUUGAAAUAAGGAACAGCUUGGUCAAAUAUGUGAAUUCCUUGGGAUGCACAAGGGAACAAAUUUUGCUUGUCUUGGGUUCUAUUUUUUUCUUUUUUCUUUUUAUUUUUUAUUUUUUUGGCAUAUUUGUAUGUCGGAAUGGCCAAAAUACUGAUCCAAGGCAUAGGGCCUAAUAUCUGUGAGUUUCACAGUGUCAAUAGAGCCUUCUUUCUGUUUUAAAUAGGAAUUCCUGGAGUCCUCUCCUUGUAAAUGAUCUUUGUUUUUUUCUUCCUUUCUUUCUUCUUUUCCUCAAUUUUUUUCCGUUUUCCCUUUUU